UGGAGUAAUAGCGCAAAUAUAGGAAAUAUGCCAGAGACCAAUACUUAGUUGUUGAUAUUCUUGGGCGUGGAGCAGAAGCCCCGUCCCGUCGUUGUCGUAGAACUGCUCAAGAUAAACGUGCGGUGCCAAAAUUUUAGGGUGACACGCCCUACCGUCCCCACACUUCGCCACCUGUAACCUCCAGAGCCACAAUAUGUCCGCCUCUAAGGCCCAGAAGUUCUACAAGCUGGAUAUCAACCGGACGGAAUGGGAGAUCCCGGAGAUGUAUCAGAACCUGCAGCCCGUAGGUUCGGGGGCCUAUGGCCAAGUGUCGAAGGCAUUGGUGCGGGGCACCAACAUGCAUGUGGCCAUCAAGAAACUGGCUCGUCCCUUCCAGUCCGCCGUUCACGCCAAGCGGACAUACAGGGAGCUCCGGCUGCUGAAGCACAUGGAUCAUGAGAACGUAAUCGGACUGCUGGACAUAUUCCAUCCGCAUCCGCCUAACGCGUCGCUGGAGAACUUCCAGCAAGUGUACCUGGUCACGCAUUUGAUGGACGCCGACCUGAACAACAUUAUACGGAUGCAGCACCUGUCGGACGACCAUGUCCAGUUCCUCGUCUACCAGAUUCUCCGCGGGCUGAAGUACAUCCACAGCGCCGGGGUGAUUCACCGCGACCUCAAGCCCUCGAACAUAGCCGUGAACGAAGACUGUGAGCUGCGCAUACUGGACUUCGGACUGGCGCGUCCAACAGAGAACGAGAUGACCGGUUAUGUGGCCACGCGAUGGUACCGGGCGCCCGAGAUUAUGCUCAACUGGAUGCACUACAACCAGACGGUAGACAUCUGGUCGGUGGGCUGCAUCAUGGCCGAGCUGAUCACCAGGCGCACCCUUUUCCCGGGCACCGACCAUAUUCACCAGCUCAAUCUUAUCAUGGAGAUGCUGGGCACGCCACCGGCCGACUUCAUGAAGAAGAUCUCCUCGGAGAGCGCCCGCUCCUACAUCCAGUCACUGCCGCCCAUGAAGAGGCGUAGCUUCAAGAAGGUUUUUGAGAACGCCAAUCCGCUGGCCAUCGAUCUGCUGGAGAAGAUGCUCGAGUUAGACGCCGAAAAGAGGAUCACAGCCGAGGAGGCACUGGCCCAUCCGUAUCUCGAGAAGUACGCGGAGCCCAGCGACGAGCAGACCUCACCGCCGUACGAUCACAGCUUCGAGGACAUGGAUCUGCCGGUGGACAAGUGGAAGGAGCUGAUCUUUAAGGAGGUGACCAACUUCAAGCCGCCGCCGUCGUUUGCUCAAGUUUUGAAGGAUGUGAAGUAAGACGCGAUCCGCCCAACAAGGACUUAAAGUAUUAAACAGGAAGUUUGUUUUUAUAGCAAGAUAUAAAGGAAUGUUGACUAAUCUUUGUAGUUUAUAAAUGUUUGUACCAUGUUUGUGUUAUGGCCACUAAUACUGUAAAUCGCACAAUAAAUUCGUUUUUUAAAAA